CCCAUAUCUACAACAAGUCAUAGUCAUAGUAUACUGCAACAUGCCAACCAUCCUCCUCCUCGGCACCUGCGACACAAAAUGGUCCGAACUACUCUACCUCCACUCCCAACUAACCUCUAACCCCUCCAUCUCCGUCCUUCUCAUGGACGUCGGCCGCGCCGCCACCUCCUCUCCGCUCAUCAACAUUCCUCAUCCCAGCCUCGACAACAAAACAAUCGACUACACCCAGCUCCCCCGAAACGACUACAUCCAAUCCAUCACCCAUGUCUCCACCCCCACCGUCGCCGACCUCUACCACAAUGGCAAAUUCCACACCAUCCUCUCCAUCGGCGGCAGCUGCGGCACCACCAUCGCAACCACCAUCAUGCGCGAUGCCCUUCCCAUCGGAUUCCCGAAACUGAUGGUCUCCACCAUGGCCUCCGGCGACGUGGGUCCCUACAUCCAGGAAACAGACAUCACCAUGAUGUACAGUGUCGUCGACGUAGCCGGCACAAACAGCAUUCUGAACAGAAUCCUCCGCAACGCGGCAGCCGCAGGAACCGGAAUGGCGAUAUCAUACCACGACCAGCUUCAUACCUCCGAGUCUAAUAGCACGAACGGACACGCCCAGAAUGGACUCCACAAGCAGAAUGAGACCAAGCAGGAAACACCCAAGAAAACCAAAAUCGGCAUCACCAUGUUCGGCGUCACCACACCCGCCGUAACCCAAAUCCGCACCUACCUGGAAUCCCACCUCCCGGAUGCAUGCGAAAUUUACGUCUUCCACGCCACCGGCUCCGGCGGAAAAGCCAUGGAGAGACUAAUCCGCGAACAACAACUCGACGCCGUCGUGGAUUUGACCACCUCCGAGAUUGUGGAUGAGCUCGCCGGCGGGGUAUUGUCCGCCGGACCGGGACGGUUAGACGCCGCGGCGGAGAGGGGCAUCCCGCAGGUAGUGAGUGUGGGGGCGUGCGAUAUGAUUAAUUUUGGAACGAAGGAUACAAUUCCCGAGCGGUUCAGUGGGAGGAGGAUCUAUGAGCAUAAUCCGACGGUGACGAUUGUGAGGACGGAUGAAGAGGAGAAUCGACGGAUCGGGGAGUUCAUUGUGGGGAAGUUGGGGAAGGCGAAGUGCCCGGGGAAUGUGGUGGUUAUGUUGCCGACGGGGGGAAUCAGUAUGAUGGAUGUUCCGGGAAAUGAUUUCUAUGAUGGGAUGGCGGAUGAGGUGUUGUUUGGGACGGUGGAGAAGGGGUUGGAGGGGUCCGGGCGAAUCUUUAACCUUGGUGCCGCCGGAGCACCAAUGAGUACAUCUACAUCAAUCAACAUGUCCCGUUCCCUCGAAGGCAAAUUCGCCAUCGUCACCGGUGGCUCCCGCGGAAUCGGCGAAGCCAUCGCCCACAACCUCGCCAGCAAAGGCUGCUCCCUCCUCCUAAACUACACCUCAGACAGCUCCCGCGCACGCACCGAAUCCCUCUGCAGCGCCCUCUCCACCACGCACAACAUAACCUGCAUCCCCGUGCAAGCCGACCUCUCGGACCCCACCCCCGCCAUCAGCACCAUCCUCUCCGCCGCCAAAACCCACUUCACCUCCCCAGCCACAGGCACCCUAACAAUCGACAUCCUAAUCAACAACGCCGGCGUCAGCAAAGACCGCUUCCUCAACGACCCCUCCUCAGGCCCCAUCGACCCGGGCUACUUCAACUGGCAUUACACUAUCAACGUAUUGGCCCCGCUGCUCCUCACGCAAGCCUGCGCCGAGUACCUCCCCCGCAAGCCCGCGCACAGCGGCCGCAUUAUCAACAUUUUGAGUAUUUCCUCCUCGUUGGGGUUCACGGGCCAAUCGGUGUAUGGGGGUACCAAGGCGGCGUUGGAGGCGAUGACGAGGACGUGGGCGAGGGAGUUGGCGGACGUGGCGACGGUGAAUGCAGUGAAUCCGGGUCCUGUAGUCGGGGAUAUGUAUUUUGCUACGGGUGAGGAGUUUUGGAAGCAGAUGCAGGGGUUUCAGGAUAAUGCGCCGUUGAGUAAGUUGCAGGAUGGGGAGGAGGGGUUGAGUGAGGAGCAGGAGAGGUUGAUUAGGGAGAAGAUGGGGGGUAGGAGGCCUGCGUUUACGAGGGAGAUUGCAGGGGUUGUGGGGAUGCUUUGUACGGAGGAUGGGGCGUGGUGUACGGGAAGUGUGGUUUGUGCUAAUGGCGGGUUGAAGUUUACUACUUAG